AUAUAUACACGGACUCGUGCUGUCGUACAUCGCCAAAUGGAAAGCAAGACGUUUACUUGCUAAGCGCGAUCGAUCUCAAGUCCAAGGAUUCCGAGGUCGCCAGCCUUGGCUGCUUGGCUCUCCAUGCAUCUGCCCCUAUUGCAAGUCUUCAUGCGGUGAACCUUCCGGACCGAGAAAUUGCUGGCUAAUCUCCAGCUUAACGAGUGGUACAUAUAUGGGAAGCAAAUCAGAACAGACGAAUGUGCUGCCACAGUCGCGACGCCAAGCAGAUUUAGAAGAAAUCACUCGCAAAUAUUCAAUGGAGAUUGGUAGAGGGGCCUAUGGAGUAGUUUACAAGGGAACAGAUAAAGAUGGGGAAGAGAUUGCUGUAAAGGUCCUCCAGGAAAGAACAGGAGGGAAUCAUGACUCGGAGUUCAACAAAGAGUUCUAUAGCCUUUUAGAGCUGAGGCAUCAAAAUAUCAUACUGCUGGUUGGUUACUGCUAUGAAACAGAAAAAAGAAUAAAUAAUUUCACAAAAAAAUUUGAUGAGAUAACACGUGCAGCUCUAUGCUUUGAGUAUGCGCCCAAUGGAAACCUUCGCAACUAUAUUUCUGAUGAAGACCAUCGACUUGAUUGGCACACACGAUACAAUAUUAUUAAGGGGACCUGUGAAGGAUUAAAUUACCUUCACAAUCACUCAAAAGGACCAAUUUAUCAUUUGGACCUAAAACCAGAGAACAUUUUGCUUACUGGUAACAUGGUUCCCAAAAUUGCAGAUUUUGGCAUGUCAAGGCUUUUCACUGACAAAACAACCAAAACCACAACAAGAGCAAUAGGAACCUGGAGAUAUCAGCCAUUGGAAUACAAAAGCAAAGGAACAAUAUCAAAAGGGUUUGACAUAUACAGCCUGGGCGUAAUAAUUAUAGAGAUGGUUGUAGGACCUAAGACCUAUGAUGAUUUUGAUCAGUUCUGCAGACCAGAAGAAGUUAUUGAGCUUGCAGACAAAAGGUGGAGGCCUAAACUAAAGGUGACAGAGAACUAUCAAUCACUAGAAUCGUAUUGCCAACAAGUAAAGAUAUGCCUCGAGAUAGCCUUAAAAUGUGUGGAUAUUAAACGAAAUAGAAGGCCAACAAUAGCAGAUAUCAUCAGUCACCUUAAUGAGGUGGAGAAUAAGACUCCAAAAAGAGAUUCAGUAGUUCAGGAGUCAUGGAAGGAUUCAGGGUCAUCAACACGACAGGUACAAUCGAUGCGUGGUUUGUGGACACCGGGGAAGAACACGGAGGAGCAACCGGCAACAGAGCAGAUAAUAACAAAGCAAGCAAAAGCAGGAAAUACGAGACCAGAGGUAGAUUAUGCACGGACAAUGAGUGGCCGUAGUUUAAUGGAUUCUAAACGCGUUAAUACAAGAAACAUAGAAGACGAAGAAGUUGUCCGAUUGCAAAAGAAAACGAUCGGACCCAUGCCUAGCACGUGGACACCAGAAAAGAGCAUGGUGCAGCAACCGGCAACAACGCAGAUAAUAAGAAAGCAAGACAACACCACAAAUGCAAGACUAGAAGUGGAUCAAGAACAGAAAGUGAGUGGUAACACUUCCGAGGAUUCUAACCAUGUCGGCUCAAAAAACAUACAAGACGAAGAUCCAGACCAAGCGCAUAAGGAAACCGUCCAAUCAAUGCCUAGCACAUGGAUAUUGGAGAAGAGCAAGGAGCAUAAACCGGCAACAACACAGAUAUCAACGAAGCAAGAAAACACCGCAAAUACAAGACCAGCGGUGGAUCUUGAACAAAAAGUGAGGGAAAGCACAACAGUGGCUUCUAACCGCGCCGGCACAAAAGGCAAACACGAUGGAGAUGUGCUCCAAAUGCAAAAGGAAACGAUCCCAUCAAUUCCUAGCACGUGUACAAUGGGGAAAAGCAUGGAGCAGCAACCGGCAACCACACAGAUAAUGAUGAAGCAAGUCAACACCCCAGAUACAAGACCAGAGGUACCUGGUGAACAAAACUUGAUGGCAAACACUUCAGUGGGUUCUAACCACACUAUUAAUACAGCAAACAUACAAGACCAAGAUGCGGUCCUUACGCAAAAUGAAACCGUUGAAUCAAAGACUAUCACAUGGACACUGGAGAAGAGCAUGGAGGAGCAACUAGCAAUAGCGCAUACAUUAAAGGAGAAAACUAACACUGCAACAAGACCAGAGGUAGAUUAUGAACACAAACUGAAGGGCAACACUUCAGCAGUUUCUAACCUCACUGGUGCAAGUAACAUGCAAGAGGAAGAUGUUGUCAGAAUGAAAAACGAAACUGUCCUAUCAAUGCCUAACAAAGGGACAACGGGAACAAGCACGAAGCAGCCAGCCACAACACAGAUAAUGAUGAAGCAAACUGACAAUGCAAAAGCAAGACCGGAGGUAGACCAUGAACCAAAAGUGAGUGGCAUCACUUCAGUGGGUUCUAAGGGAGAGAGUACCAAAAGCAAACAAUACAAACAUCCUGUCCAAAUGAAAGAUGAAACUGUCCAAUCAAUGCCUAGGGCUUGGACAAUGGGGAAGAGCAUGGGGCAACUACCUGCCCUAGUGCAAAUAAUAUUGAAGGAAGCAAGCACCCCUGCAAGACUAGAGGGGAGCACUGCAGCGGAUUCUAAUUGCAUUAGUACAAGAAACAAACAAGAUGAAGAUGCAGGCCGAAUGAAAAAUAAAAAUAUCAAAUCUACGCCUAGCACAUGGACAGCAGCGAAGAGCAUGGACCAGGAACCACCAACUAUGCAGAUAAUAAUAAAGCAAGCUAACAGUUCAAAUAAAAGACCAGAGGUCCGAUCAAUGCGCACAUCGAGACUGCAUAAGAGCUCGGAGAAGCAACCGGCCACAACGCAAACAGUACCGAAGGAAGCUACCAGCCUAAAUACCAGACCAGAGGAAGAUCAUGACCACAAAGUUAGGUGCAUCACUUCAGUGGGUUCUAACCAUGAUGUGACAGGAAACAUACAAGACGAAGAUGUGCUCCAAACAAAAGAUGAAACCGUUCGAUCGAUGCCUAGCACAUGGAUGGGUAAGAGCACGGAGCAGCUCCCAGCAACAGUGCAAAUAAUAAUGAACCAAGGCAACACCCCAAAUACAAGACCGGAGGUAGAUUGUGAACAGAAAGUGGUGGGUAGCACAUCAGUGGAUUCUAACAGCACUAGUACAAUAAACAUACGAGAUGAAGCUGUGGUUGGAAUGCAAAAUGAAAGUGUACAAUCGACUCAUAGCACGUGGAAACUAGGGAAAAGCAUGGAGAAACAACCAACACAAACAGUAAUGAAGAAUGACAGCACUACAAAUACAAGACUAGAGGUAGACCGUGAACAAAAGCUAAGGGAUAGUACUUCAGUGGACUCUGACGGCCACACCUGUGCGAGAAACAUACCAGCUGAAAAUGAGGCACAUGCGCAAAAUAAAAGUGUCCAACCUAUGUCACCUGCGUGGACAUCGUGGAAGAGCAUGGAACAGCCACCAGUCACGACGCAAAUAAUAGUGAAGCAAGCCAACAUCCCAAAUACAAGACCUGAGGAACAUUGUGAACAGACAGUUAGGGGCAGCACCUGGCUGGGUUCUAACCGCGCUGAUAAAAGAAGCAUACAAGAUGAAGAUGCGAUCCAAAGGCUAAACGAAAUAGUCCAAUUGCUGCCUAGCGCAUGGAGACUCGGAAAGAGAACGGUGAAGCAACCGGCACUAGCGGAAAUAAUACUGGAGCAAGCCAACACCAUAAAUACAAGAUUGGAGGUAGAUCAUGAAAAGAAACUGAGACACGACACUUUACUGAGUUCAACCAGUGCCAAUACAGUAAACAUACAAGACAAAGAUGUGGUCCGAAUGCAAAACGAAAAUGUCGGAUCGGUGCCUACCAUGUUGAUCCCAGGGAAGAGUACAAGGCAGCAACCGACAACAAUGGAGUUCAUGCUGAAGCAAGCCAAUACCCCAAAUACAAGACCAGAGGUAGAUCGUGAACAUAAACUGGGGGGUAGCACUUCAGUGGCUUGGAAUAACGUUGUUAUUCAGGUCCAAACGAUGUCGUGUGUGUGGACACCGGGGAAGAGCACGGAGGAGCCACAUGUCACGGUGCAGACAAUAUUGAAGCAAGGCAACAUCCCAAAUGCAAGACCUGAGGAACAUUGUGAACAGAAAUUUAGGGGCAGCACCUCACUGGAUUCUAACCAAGCUGAUAAAACAAAGAUACAAGAUGAAGAUGUGAACCAAGUGCAAAACAAAAUAGUCCAAAUGAUGACUAGCACAUGGAGACCGAGCAAGAGCACGGUGCAGCAACAGGCAAUAGCUGAAAUAAUACUGGAGCAAACCAACACCAUACAUACAAGAUUGGAGGUAGAUCAUGAAGACAAACUGAGAGGCGACACUUCAGCCAGUUCUAACCGUGCCAACACAAGAAACAUACAAGAUGAAGAUGCAGUCCAAAUGCAAAAUGAAAAUGUCCGAUCAGCGCACACCUUGUUGAUCCCAGGGAAGAGCGCAAAGCAGCAACCGACGACAAUGGAGUUCACAGUGAAGCAAGCCAACACUGCAAAUGCAAGGCCAGAGAUAGACCGUGAACCAAAACUGAGUGGUAGCACUUUAGUGGGUUUUAAGCACACCAAUAAAAUAAACAUACAAGACAAAGAUGCGGUCCGAAUGCAAAAGAGAACUGGUGGACCUGUCAUCAAAACAAAAAAAGAUUGAUGAAGCUUGGGAAUAAGUGUGAAGUAAGGUCAUAAUCACAGGCUCAGAUUACCUGUUACUCCCUAAUACUCCAAUUAGGAUGCAUGGAGGAUCAUCUCAAAACUAGAUGGAGUAUCAAGAAAUAGGUGUAAUAAUCCAAUAUUGAGAAAAGAAAAGGACGUACCAGAGCUCCAGCGGAGGCUGCUGCGAGGACAGCGCCGGCAAGCGACACGGAGGGCAGCAUGUACGGAGGGCGCCGCCGCCGCCGGCGCGUUCGAGGAGGGCGGCGUCGCGCUGAAGCAGGUCGGCGGCUGCUGCGAGGAGGACGGAGACGACGCACUGGAGGAGGUCGGCGGCGCGAGGCGCGGAGGACGGCGGAGGCGGCGCGAGGGCGACGGACGUUGUGAGAGGGCGGCGGCUGCUGCAGCGCGCUGGAGGAGGGAGCGGCCGCUGCGAUGAGGGCGAGGGCGGUGCUGGAGUAUGGCGCCGGCGCUGGAGGAGAUAGGCUCGAGCAACCGGAUCGAACGGGGCAAAGGAGAAAAUUAUGUUUUUCUUAAGUAAAAUGUGAAAAGUCGAUAAUACCCUUCGCUGUCCCAAAUAAGUGAUGUGGAUUUUCAUAAGAAUCUACUCUCCCUCCGUUCCAUAUUAAGUGACAAAAUAUUAUACUCUCUCAAUUUUACAAAGUUUGACGUGUUUUGUUUCGUUAAGACGAAGCUUUGACUAAUAAAAACUAUUGAUA